ACGCUGCAAGACAGGAUCUCUGUCCUGGAGUGACUCUGCAUUUCUGCCAUAUAACGCACAGCAGACAGCCCGCUGGGAGGGGGGAUCUCUCUCGACUCUCGCAGACCCUGGGAGGGAGAAGCCCCUGAACCACUGAGGUACACUCAUCAUGAUCAAGAAAGCCCCAGCACAGUCAGCAAAGGCUGCCUAUGACCCAGCAUCCAUGAAGACAUUGGAUCAUAGGCUACAAAGGAUUAAGCAGAGCAACAGCUAGGACACAGAAGCCAACAGAUCCUGUGAUUCGGUAGCAAUGGCCACUGGCGACAAAUACACAGCUAUACGCACCAAACGCAAAGAGCUGAUAGGAAUCAUUCAGAGAGACCCCGAGAGCGUCUUGGAUGAGUUACUAGCCCAGUCCAUCAUCACCGAGGAGGAGUACGACAGCUUGAACCAGCUACAAGACAAAGCGGCCAGAAUAAGGAAAUUGCUGAUUUACAUACAGAAGAGGGGGGAGUCGACCUGCCGAGACUUUCUGGAGUGUUUAGAAAUCUUAUUCCCCGGCUCAAAUCGGCUUUUGCAACCUUCAGAAUAUGAUUUUUUCAAUCCGGAGCGAGAUUCACGCACUGUGCGAGACCCAGAACCAAGGGAGAGAGAUUUUUUCAAUCCAGAACACCAUACAGAGCUGGAGGAAGAAGAUGAUUUCAGUCCAAAGCAGGAACCAGAGACUCAGCAAGACCCUGAGCCAGAGAAGAAAGAUGGUUUAAAUCUAGAGCCCGAUCCACAGCUGGAGGAGGAAGACGGUUCAAAUCCAGAGAAGGAAUCAGACAUUGAGCCAGACCUGGAGAUAGGUGAUUCAGAUUUGGAGCAGAAAUCAGAGACUCAGCAAGAUCAAGAGCCCGAGGAGGAAGAUGGUUCAAGUCCAGAGCAAGAAUUAGAGACGGAACCAGACCCUGAGCCAGAAAGUUCAAAUUCAGAGCAGGAAUCGGAUACUCAGUGAGACCUAGACCCUGGUGGAAAAAAAAAAAAUCUCUCAAAAGAUGUGUCCUCAUAGGUGAUUCAUUCUAUAUCCGUAGAGUCCACUUUGGACUGCCAUGGGCUGCCCUUAGAGUUUCUGCUUAAAACCAUUAAUUCACUCCAAGAGCCCACCGAUGGAGAAGAGCAAUUCCCUCACUGUUGCCAGGACUGCAUUGUUAACUAGAAGGGGGAUCACUUUGUAGCGCUGUGCAUGAUCAUAGCAGCACCACGAUUUCGUCAUCCAUCAGGACAUGGUGUCUGAGAACGUCCCUUGGGAAACUGCAGAUGGGCUGGUCGAGAUUUCCUGGUAUUUCCCUGCUGGGAGGGAGAAUUCAAAUGCACCCAUGUGAACCACGAAUCCCAUCCAGUGCGAAUGGUAAGGAAUUUCAGGGCGCUGGCAGGACAGGUGGGAGGCCACAACCGUUUCUCUAGCUGUGGCUCUUGCAACUGGCAUCCAAGCCUUUGUCACCUCGCUAUUAGAUCCGGUCGGACAUGGCACAGAAUUCUGCAGCUAAGCAGGAUGUCAUUUCACGAGCCAAACCUGUGUUCUCCGACCCAUAAUAGCUGCCAGUUGGUUCCCAGAUUGACUUCAAGAUCUUGGUUAAAUUGCCAGCUGGCAUAAGACCUACCAAUUAAUAGCUGUUUCUCUCCCUGUGAUAUCUGCUGUCAUAUCCACCCUCUGCCUAGGUCCCUUCUCAUGCAGAGCUGGGAAGCUCAGAUGCAUUCUGCGGUGGUUCCCUCGCUUGUCCAACGGUGGUGAAUCUUUCCUCUCCAGGGCCUCAUUCUUCUUUUCUUCUGGCUGCUUCUUUAUAUUUUACCAUCACUCCCUAGAUGCAGCCCCCUUGCACAUUCUUCACUGGAUGACACCAACUGUCAUGUGGCCCAAAUACCCAUUUUAUUAGCCCCAUCUGAAGCCAUUCACCAUCCGACCCACCCAAAAGAAUUGGGUGACACUGGCCAAUUUCCCCAUCUCCCUCUUCAUCCCAUUAUUCUCAGCCUGUAAUAAAUAUAGUGAAUAACUCCAGACCUAUUGACCUCACCCCUCGCACACACUCUGUUGGAGGUGGGGUUGCGUCUUCAAACCAGUUUGAUUAUUUGCACUCACUGCUCCUAUGGAGGGGUCGAGGACGAGCUCCAGAACUGCUCAAUGCACAGUGGCAGUCAAAAAGGUUAACCAUGUGUCACGAAUUAUUAGGAAAGAGAUAGAAAAAUAUCAUCAUGCCACUACACAAAUCCAUGGGUUCAGAAAAGAGCAACCAAGAUGAUCAAGGGUAUGGAACAGCUUCCAUACGAGGAGAGACUAAAAAGAUUAGAGCUGUUCAGCUUGCAAGAAGUGACAACUAAAGGGGGAUAUGAUGGAGGUCUAUAAAAUAAGGAACAGAGUGGGAAAAGGGAACAGAGAAGUGUUAUUUACCCUUUCCCACAACACAAGAACCAGGGGUCACCCAAGGAAAUUAACAGGCAGCAGGUUUAAUACAAACAAGAGCCAGUACUUUUCCCAUGCAACACACAAUUAACCAGUGGAACUCAUUGCCACAGGAUGUUGUGAUGGCCAAAAGUAUAACAAUUUCAAAAAACAACUGGGUAACUUCAUAGAUGAUAGGUCCAUCAAUGGCUAUUAGCCAAAAUGGUCAGGGACACAACCCCAUGCUUGGAACCACCCUAAACCUGUGACUGCAAGAAGCCAGGAGUGGAAGACAGAGGUGGAUCACUCCAUAAUUGCCUUGUUCUGUACUCUCCAUGAAGCUCUGUUACUGGCCACUGUCAGAGACAAGAUACUGGGCUAGAUGGACCUUUGGUCUGACCCACUAAGGCAGCUCUUAUGUUUCUUAUGUAACCUCCCUCCUCUGAUGGGUACAAACCUUCUUCUGAUCUCCUGCCUCAGUUUAUUCCUGGCCAGUUUAUCCCCAUUUGUUCUUGGGCCAACAUUGUCCUUUAGCUUCAUUAGCUCUUCUCCCUCCCUGGUGUUUGGCCCCCUCCAUGUGGGAUUUCCAAGGCAGUAUGUUGGAGAAGACAAUUUCAUCGCAUUUCUCCAUUGUCAGAAGAGCUGGGGUGGAAAGCCAACAAGGCUGAACGGAUCUAACUGAAACAAUGGCACAGCCAUCAGAGGUGCAUUAUCUAAGGACUUGUUGACAUGGGGAAAAUAAUUCAGAUUAAGGUAGGUGUAAAUUUAAAAGCAGAAUAGCUAUUCCUUAUUAACUCCAUGUGUGGACACACUUAAUCUGGAAUAAGAUACCCUUGUUCCAGAAUAAGAGUACUCCCACAUGGAGCGAAUCCGGAACAGUUAAUCAGGAAUAACUCCAUGUGUAGACAAGCUGUAAAUCUACAUGGGGAGCGAUUGAGGAAUAGCUAUUGAGGUUAAUGUUCCCAUAUAGACAAGCACUGAAAUGCUUUCCUUAUCUGGAGUUAACUGGGAGCAGGCUUCUGGGCUUACUAAAACAAUGUAAAUGGGUCUGCUCCUGUAACUGAAAAGUGUAGCUUACCUAACUUCUGCUUCACUACAAGCUAAGGUGGUUUGCCAGGAGUAGAUUUUUAUUGGUAAAUGUUGAUAAACGUUGGUUUCACCGUACACACACGAACCAAUGCAAAAAUAUUUCCAUCAGUAAUAAUCAAAAUUUACAGCAAACUAAGAAAAAUGCUACCUGAGAAUGUGUGAAGGUUUGAUUUAAGGCUCUUAGCUGUGUACACUUUGACUUAUGCAGUGUUGGUGUAGUCAUAUCGGUCCCAGGAUAUUUGAGAGACAAGGUGAGUGAAGUAAUAUCUUUCAUUGGACCAACUUCCGUUGGGAGAGGGAGAGAAGCUUUUGAGCUACAAAGAGCUCUUCUUCAGGUCUGGGAAAGGUACUCCGAGUGUAACAGCUAAAUACAAGAUCGAACAGAUAAUUUAGCAUAAGUAGUUAGCACAUAUUCUAAGGGACCAUUCAAGGUGAAGUAGCCCAUUAAUACACAAUGAUACACCUGAGAUAUAGUGAUGAUAUUUUCAUCUUCUGAACAGACAACUUCAACUCCCUCAUCGAUUUCCACCACAACUUCAACAACCACCAUCCGUCCAUUAAACUCGUUCUGGAACAGUCUCACAUUAGCAUCAACUUCCUGGACGCCACAAUCAGCUUCAACAAUGGAACACGACAGACAGCCAUAUAUAAGAAACCCACGGAUCACCACACCUGCCUUCAUACAUCUAGUAACCACCCCAAAUGCACCAAGACAUCUGUUAUCAACAGCCAGGCACUCAGAUACUCUGAGGAGAAAGUCCGAUAUGUACAGCUUAACACACUCAAAACCGCCUUCACCAGACAAGGAUGCUCCACCAGAGAAGUAGAUCACAUCAUGGAACGGGCCACCCAAAUACCCCGAGAGAACCAGCUUCAAUGCAGAAAUAAAACCCCCUCCGACCACACGCUUCUAGUUGUCACCGACCACCCACACUGGAAUCCAUACAGGGUAUCAAACAAUUACAACUCAUUCUCAAUGGGGACCCCAUCCUGAAAUAAAUCUUUCCUGAACCCCCUCUUCUGGCCCUCAAACAACCUCUCCAAGCUCAUCAUCAGAAGCAAGCUCCCCACAGAUGA